AUUCCAUAGAAGGCUUUCACUUUUCCCUUGCCUUAAUCGUGCGCCUUGGAAAUCAACAAAACUUGGGCUCACACUCUUUAAAGACAAAUGACAAAACCAAACCAUUCUUCAUCAUCAGAAGCUGAAAGCUGGAGCAGCAACAAUACUAAUAACUCCAAUUCAUCAUCCCCAACAUCAUCUUCUUCGGAAACUGUCUUGUCCAGGAAACUCAAUGGUAAGAGAGGUAGGGACACAAGCAGCAAGCACCCAAGUUACAGGGGAGUUAGAAUGAGGAGUUGGGGCAAAUGGGUGUCUGAAAUCCGUGAACCUCGCAAGAAAUCUCGCAUUUGGCUUGGCACUUUCCCUACCCCGGAAAUGGCUGCUCGUGCUCACGAUGUUGCUGCCUUGAGCAUCAAAGGUGACUCCGCCAUUCUCAACUUCCCGGACCUUACGGAGUUUCUUCCUCGACCCGUUUCAUUACUGCCCCGUGACAUCCGAGCUGCUGCUGUUAAAGCUGCGUCAAUGGUCAACUUCAACGCGCUGACGUCAUCUCCUUCGUCAUCGUCUGUGGUAUCUGAAUCUUCAUCCUUGUCAGAGUCAAAUGCCUCGGAUGAACCUGAGGAGCUCAGUGAAAUUGUUCAGUUACCUAACAUAGAAGGGAACUUCGACUCGUUGUUUGACUCGCAGAACGAGUUCAUUCUCCUUGACUCGGUCGAUGGGUGGGUUUAUCCACCACAAGAUUUCUAUGGAGGAUUUUAUGAUCAGAUAUGGGUUACUGAGAAUUUAACAGCGGCCAGCUUUGAAACUACUUUCCUGUGGGAAUAAUUUACUCCCUUUUCACUGUUUUUCUUUAUUAGGGUUGCUGUAAUUUUCUAGGGGGAAUUAUUCGAUUUGUUUGCCUAUUUUUGCUAACUGGUCACUUGUCGCUUUCCAUGUUUUUGUAAUAUAUAGAAUCACACAAACCAAACCAUAGCUAGGUUUUCUCAUUUCUGUCCAAAAUAUAUAAAUAUUGUAUACAUCUUGAAGAAAUUGAAGAGGGGGGUUUUUUUUUUUAAUUAAAGUUCAUGGAUAUAACAA